CGAUAGUUGGGGAGCUAGGAGACCAGCUGUUUGUGCCAUUCACUCGCGACUGCAAAACAAUAAAAUGUUUUGCGAAAAAAAACCGCAAUAAAACUUGAAGAAAAUUGUAACAAAACUUAAUGUAACCUUAAAACUGGACACGCCUAUAGACUAGUACUGUUCCAUCAUGGCCAGUGAUUUUAGCAACAGUCAAUAUGUGACCACAAACACAUGCUCAAGUGCAGCAAAUUUCUCUCGCUGGCUGACCGAAGAAGUCUUCAAGCUGAUCGAUAUUGUACAACGGGAUGAAGCUAUCUAUAAUCCGCGACACAAAUACUACUUUUGCCGGCCAUACGUGGAGAACUUUUGGCGUGAAGUGGACUUGAAGCUGGAGAAGAAUCCUGGCGCCAGUUUGGCCAAAUGGACAAAUCUACGCAUUUCAUUUCGACGCGAGUACACCAACUAUUUGGAGGAGAAAGUGCCGCCUUGCUGGUCGUACUUUGAUCGCAUGUUCUUUUUGCAUCCAUAUCUGAGAAAGAAGCACCAACAGCCGAAAUCGCUGGGUUCACAAGUUCAGGAUGCCCUGGCGCAUCUAAGCAGUCUCUCAAACAGGAUGCAGCGGGAGCGAGGAGUUACCACAUGUACGGCGGCAAGUACCACGACUGCAGUGCAGUUGAACACCAGCAGUUCUGCACACUCGGCACAACCAUCGCCGCAGCCACAACAGCUGGACAACUACUUGGACUACUUCGAUGAGCAUGAUCACAAUAACUCGGAACUCGACGAAAUUAUUGAUGAGGAGCAGCGUGCUCGUUUCCAAAGUCAUACGCUGGACAACAACGACAUUAAAUCGGAAUGUGAGGAGCCAAUUGAUGAUUACGAACCAGAAACCGAAGCAGAUGUCGAGCACCGUGUCCAUCAUCCACAUCAGGAUGAGGAGGACCAUGAAAACGAGGAGCAUGAAUUGCGCACAAUCGUAUAUGAUACGGCUGUAACAGCAUCGGCAUCGGCUCCCAGUUCCACGUCCACCUCAUCUUCGUUGGCACUGGAAAAGCGAUACUCGCAGCAUUAUCAGCAGCAGCAACAGCACGCCAGUACCAGCAGAUUGCAGCACAUGAAUCGCCUUCAGAUGCGCACAUACCACGAGGAAGCACGUGCUCUGCGCUCACGCUCCCAGGAGCUGCAAGGUGUCACAGCUACUGCUGCAAGUGUGGCUGCUGCUGCCAGUGUCGCCAAUUUGCAAACGCACUCGAACGUUUCGUUUGUGCGUCCAACUUUCAGCAGCAAGCCCUUGGACAUGGUAAGCACCACUACGCACAGUGGUGCUGCCGUUGCUGUCAUUGGUUCGGCAUCUGCAUCCGACGUUGAAUUGCCGGCGCCGUCGAGCGUUGCAGUAGCAGCUACGCCUAGUAACGGCUAUAUUAACCAACGACAUGUACAUGUACCGCAUUCACAUUCGCAUUCGCAUCAUCCGGCGACGCAAUCUCAACGUCUGGAAGUCAGCAAUCCAUCUAGUGCUGUGGCUACAGCAGGAGCUGUGGAAUUAUGCGAUUGCAAGACGGAUUCGGAUGCCAUGUUUCUUAUGAGUCUUUUGCCUGACAUCCAGAAACUAAAUGGACGAGAUCGUGGAAAAAUCAAAAUAGCUUUCCAAAACAUAUUGCAGGAUUACUUGUAUCCCGACUAAAGGCGACUCCAAGUCGCAUCUGCUGCUAGUUAAGAUCUCUCAGCUUCUCUGUGUAUACAACUUUGCUUAUAGCAUGCACAAAUCUUUUUUUGAUUUAUUAUUAUACUCGUAUAUAAGUUGAUCACUCGGCUCAGCCGAUAAAUCUUGUUUUUUAAUUCGCGUAAUUCAUUGAAGCUUUGCUGUGCAAAAACAAAGUAUCCUUAAUUCUAGCCUCUUUGAGCAACAACAUGUGUUAUAAAUUAUUUUAUUUAUAUGUAUAAAUAUUUAAAAAUCUUUUAUGUUUAACACAAGAAUAAAUUCAUUCAAAAUUUA